AUGGCUGGACGCGGACGCGGGCGGGCGAACACACUGCCUGCGUGGAUGACCAAGCAGGGCCUGAGCGCGCCGCCGCCUGCCGCUGCCCCUUCUGCCCCACCAGCGGCGCUGUCUCCGCCGCGCAACGGCCAGUUCGACGACGCGCCUGAGCGGGCGCCGCGAGUGCCCGAGCGCAGGCCUCGGGACGACUUUGGCUCUGACCGGAAACGCUCUCGGGACCGCUACGCGGACCGCACCAGCAGCAGCGACGUCAGAGGACGACCGUCGGCCUCUCGUGCUGCGCGGUCGCGCUCCCGCUCCCGGUCGCGGGACCGGGCGAGCGGACAGGAGCGCUCGAGCCGUCGCAGCGCCUCCCGAAGCGAUCGACGUCGGGACGAGUCGUAUCGACGGGGGGCGUCCCCCCGUGGACGCUCGCGGUCUCGUGACCGCCGAGACGAUCGCAGUGGCUCUCGUCGUGGAGGCAGCGAGCGCUACGACGACAGGGGGUACGCAGGGGGUACUUCACGUGGAUCUAGAGCCGACGCGUCCCGUCGGAACGACGACCGUGUCCUGCGUCGUGACGACGAAGCGAUGGAGCGUGGCUACCGUCGCCAGUCGUCCAAUGGACACGACGACCGCACGUCCCGUCGGUACGCAUCGGACUAUCGACCGUAG